CUCGCGCCAGGGAGGGGAGGAGUGCGCCUCCCGCGCGCCGCCUGGCCGGGCGGAAAGUUUUCCCUGACGGAGUUUUGGCCGCGGCGGCUGCAGCAGCGGCAACGGCCGGAGCGGGCCAUGGAUGCCCUCAAGUCCGCGGGGCGGGCGCUCAUCCGGAGCCCCAGCCUGGCCAAGCAGAGCUGGGGGGGCGGCGGCCGGCACCGCAAGCUGCCUGAGAACUGGACAGACACUCGGGAGACUCUGCUCGAGGGGAUGCUCUUUACACUCAAGUACCUGGGAAUGACACUGGUGGAACAGCCCAAAGGCGAGGAGCUGUCAGCUGCUGCUGUCAAGAGGAUCGUGGCCACAGCUAAGGCCAGUGGGAAGAAGCUGCAGAAGGUGACUCUCAAGGUAUCACCUCGGGGAAUUAUCCUGACUGACAACCUCACCAACCAGCUCAUCGAGAAUGUGUCCAUUUACAGGAUCUCCUACUGCACAGCAGACAAGAUGCAUGACAAGGUGUUUGCAUACAUUGCCCAAAGCCAGCACAAUGAGAACCUCGAGUGCCACGCCUUCCUCUGCACCAAGCGCAAAAUGGCACAGGCUGUCACCCUCACAGUAGCCCAGGCCUUCAAAGUCGCCUUUGAGUUUUGGCAGGUGUCCAAGGAAGAGAAGGAGAAGAGGGAGAAAGCCAGCCAAGAGGGAGGGGACGUCCUGGGGGCCUGCUGUGACAGCACCCCCUCAUUGAAGAGCUUGGUCGCCACUGGAAACCUGCUGGACUUCGAAGAGACAGCCAAGGCCCCACUGUCUACAGUCAGCGCUAACACCACUAACAUGGAUGAGGGACCUCGGCCUCAAGCCUUGAGCAACAGUAGUGUUGUCUGGGAACUGGAUGAUGGCCUUGAUGAAGCAUUUUCCAGGCUCGCCCAGUCUCGGACGAACCCUCAGGUCCUAGACACUGGACUGACGGCGCAGGACAUUCAUUACGCCCAGUGUCUCUCGCCUGUUGACUGGGACAAGCCUGACAGCAGCCUGACAGAGCAGGAUGACCUCUUCAGCUUCUGAGGGCCUGGGCCCAGCAGGACACAGCCAACCUUGACAUGUGAUGGACCAAAGCCAUCUGCAGCUAGGGAGCUACCCCCAGGACCUGCCAGCCACCUCUCUGGGCCGCGGCACCAUCAGCCUACAGAUCAAAGCUGCAGCCAGUCAAGCAGGGGAAAGAGAUUUUUUUUUUAAUCCCUGCUAUUUCUCUAAGAACUGAAAGAUGCCUUGAAUAUUUAUUCAGUGACUUCUGGUUUGUGCUCAGAAGCCAGUUUACGUCAGGCAUGACUCCUGCUAUGUGACGUGUGCAGUGCUGUAACCGGCUCCUGCUCACUCUUCUCAAGCAAGCUCGUUCUGACUGUGGGUGUCAGGAUGGUGACCAAAGCAUUUCUUGUCCCUUCUCUUUCUAAGGACCUGAUUUCCACAGAGGCAUCCCUGCUCCUGGCUGAAAGCAGUCAGAUUUCUGUCAUCUUUUGAGCAGAGGAGGACACCCACAGCCUCAGGAGAGGAUUGUGUCCUCAAGCUCACCUUCCUCAGGGCCCAGCAGGCCUGGGCUUGAGACCCUGGACCCUGAGGCCCUCAGAGACAGAGGGGCAUCUCCUGACCAAAGACAGCACACUGCUUGGCACUUUAAAGCACACACAGCAGGUGUGGCCCCUGUAGGGCUCCUUGCAGGUGCUGCAUUGAAUAGAGCUUUCCCUCUGCCCUUGCUGGAAGGGCCCACAGUCCCUGUGGAUGGUCGCUAUCAGUGCUCGGAACCAGUGAAACUGCCCCCAACUCCCAGAGUCUGACUGCAACUAUGGGGACACUCUCUGUGACUGGCCUCUGUUCACAUCCCCAUCCCUUCCUUCUCCCCUCCUACAGAUCCUGUCUGCUCUUCUGUUUUGUCCGUGUGUCCAUGUGUAUGUUCUCUGAGCCCCACCUCUCAUACUUUGGGAUAGUUUGUGAAACUUUCACCUUGGUUCAUUUGGACGUAUUUUAUGGCCAUUUUACAGACGAGGAAAUAGGCCACAGGUGUGGAAGGGGCAGAGUCAAGUGUAGAACUCAGACCUGAUGCCAAAGCUUAUUUCUCUGCCUCCACCUCUCACAACUCACACCUCCUUUUUUUCUAGCUUUGUUGUCCUCCCAGGAACCAAAAAACCCCAGCUAUUUUCUGACCAAAAUGUGUUUCAUAACAAACCAUCUGGUGCCUUUCCACACAGAACUGGCAUAAGCCUCUGUGUCCUGCUAGCUGUCUUGCUGUUGAUUUCCAUAAAAAUGCAAGUGUUUGAAGUCUGCUAAUUCAGAGGGUGAAACAAAAUCAAACUCUGCAAGCAUCACGCUGUUCUCUUUCCUGACACUGUGACCAGUCAGGACAUAACCAGCAGCACUCUCUGUCUUUAGAAUCUCUCUCUUUCCUCGUUUCCUUACCCAAGUGGGGCUUUUGACAUCCUGAAGCUCAGCAAAGCUGCCAGCAUCUCCUUCAUCCUGAGGUGCCUCCUAGUGGCCUGGCUUGUUGGAGCAAGUUGCUUGGGCCCCAAGACAAACACAUUUCUUUGACUCAAACUUAUCUAAGCAUUUCAAUUAGAGCACAUUAGAUGGAAGAGUAGGGGUGAGGGGUUGGUGGUCUUCAUCAGAGUAUGAGGGUAACUCCCUUUCCCCACCCCAGCUCUGCAGCCCCACUAUCACCCCAGACCUCUCCUUGGUUUCAGCCACUGUAUUUGUCAUAAGGUACCAGUACAGGGCAUGACAUACUCAGUCCUUGGCACAAGGGGGCUGGGGUCCUGAGAAAGAUGACUGUGUUUGUGUGAGCCAUUCUGCAGCAUUGGUCUCUUGUUGGGAAGCUGUCUGUCUGUUUCCUGCAUAUCUGCAGAUAAGUCCUAUUGUGCUUUACAUUGUGAUGCUAUGAAGAAAGAUCUAAGGAGGAAAAAACUAAUAAAUACUCUUUUUGAAAUAUAA